GCCUGACCUUUGACCCCCCAGCGGCUUUGUCAGUGGGACAGGCCAAGCAGCUGGGUCAAAGUGAAGAUGGAUUCCCUGCAGGAAAAACAUCUGAAAGCUUCCAGGCUUUUGCAGAAUCUUAAAGAAACAAACAUUGUGAUCGACACGGUGCAAACGGCCGGGGGCUUUCUCGCACUGGGCCAAGAGGCUGUCAGAAGCUUGCCACCAUACUUGACAAGAGGACCGGUUUUGGACCCCAUGGCCCGGUACGAAGGGGACGGGGUCCGUUACAAGGCCAAGCUGAUCGGCGUGGACCCGCUGCCGGACCCACAGGGAGAGAAGAUGCUGCUGGACUCCAUGAUGAAACUGAAGGGAUUUGAAGUUUCAGCGAGGAAACGGGGACAACACAAAAUGAGGAUCUGGCUGAAAAUUUCCUCCAGUGGCCUAAAGAUUUUGGAUGAGCGAACCGGGAUUGUUCUCCAUGACCACGACAGAUCCAGGAUCAGCUCGGUGACCAAAGACAAGUCGGACCCGCGAGCGCUGGCCUACAUCUACAGACAUGAAGACGCGUACAUCCUGUUCUACAUCAAGGCGGGACACCAGGCGGAUCCAAUAAUUUUGGACAUCAUGGAGGUUUGUCAGCGUGUGGAGCAACAGGAAACUUCUCAGCAACACCAGCCUACGGCAAGCCAAAAUAUCUCUUUAGUGAUGCUGACUGACAAUCCGGCUUCUCCAGCAACGCCUUUUUUGUUUCAGGGAGCAGCUGUGGAGAAUAUGUUUAGUCCUCCACCUGCAUCAUCAUCAGGACAAAUAAAUCAGCAGACGUCUCCUAGUAAUGAACUGUUGGAGAUAUUUUCUCCGCCACUGACAGAUCCUCUGACUCCCAAUAACAUCCCACCUGUCAGCCAGCCAGAGUCUCCACAUCCCAUCCUGUCCACCGCUCAGCUGCUCUCCAUGUUCCCCACCCAGCCACCAGGGGGCUCUCCAUACAUCUCCCCACCAGUGUCUCCCAGUUCAAUGCCCUGGAAUCAGCAGGGGCUUACUGGAAACCAGUGGCCCUUGUUCCCAGCCGGGCCACCGGCGGCGGUUACAGCGCCCCCUGCUGCUGUCCUGCCUCCACCCGGAUUCAUGAUGACGGUGAACCCAGCCAUGCCGCCGCUAGUUGACGUAUACCAGAACGCCUCACACCCCGCGUACCCGCCGGGCUGCGCUCCUGCACCGGACAACAACCCGCUGCUCUGAACCGGCAGGACGGGAACGGUUGGCCGACCCAAUUUAUGUCCCCAAAUAUUUAGUUUGAUUAAUAAAUGUUGACGAGGAUUCAACACUUUAAUGAACUAUUUGCUAAAUUAACACUUUCCAUCUGGAAAACACAAUUCUUUAUAAAUAAAAGUUAACUAAAAGUUAUCAUAAAAUUAUUAAUCUGUGAUACAAAGAGAUCAUUUAAUGCAGACCACAUUUAGUAUUCUGCUUAUUUUCUGUUUUUGCUGAUUUUAAAACUCUUAAUCACUGAUAUGAUGAUUUGUUAAUUCGGGAUCAGAAAAUUUUCUGUUUUGUGUUUUUAAGGAGUUUUCUGCUGCACAAACUUUAAACUAAAUUAGAUCUUUUAUUGAAUUAAAUGACGCCUGAGAAAA